GUAGGCUUAAAUCUUUUGUUAAAGUAGUAAACAAAAUUUCAUAAAAAGCCUUUGAAAAGCAAAAUUUUUUGUUCACUUAAAAAUGAGACUUAAUUGGCAAACAUUUCCCAAAUUGCUGAUAGUAGUGCCAGUGCUGCAUUUUUACUUGGCUCACUGCGUGCAGGCUGAAUCUGAAGAACUUAAGAGACGCAAAGAAUCAGAGCAACCUAAUGUCAACGUUUCCCAACUGAUGCAGCCGGGGAAGUUGCGAAAAACCUGACUAGACACCCUGUACGGAAGUAAAUGCGGACAGAAAUUACCCCAGGACAGGCCAAAAAGUUAUCGACAAGCGUCGCUCGAACUGAAACGGAAGCAGAAAGUCAAGGUGCAAAACCAAAAAUCAUUACACCUGUUCACAAACACAACAAGCCGAUGGAAGAUGUGAGUGUAGAAAGCGUAGAGAUCGAAUGGCCAGUGGAGGAAUAACAUGAGGCACGGCAAGUUGAAAAUUUAACGCUCGUAGUUCAUCGGCAAGGGUUGAAGAAGUUCUUUAUGGGUUUUAUUUGGGGUAACUCUGUUUCUUUUUCCCUUUUAUAAAUAUAUACGAGUAUAUCUUUUUUGGAUAUAAAAUUUUGGGAAAAACUGGUCACGGUUCAUGCUUACC